AGGAACAGCUGUUUGUAAACAACUUUUAUUAUGGUGGUUCAUUUAAUGUGUUUGACAACGGCUGGGGGAUUACCACUGUUUACCAGGAAAAGAGGAGAUGGCGAACCUCUCCCGUUCUCUGUGGUUGCAUCUCUGAAUGGUGUGCAUAUGUUUGGAAAGUCACAGUCUGUUGUUCUGAGGAGCACUUCAACACAAGAGACAACUGUUGUCUGGAAGGUUUGGGAAGACAGUGUAACACUCAUUGUUGCAGCAUGUGGUGCUAGUGAAAUGCUUCUGAAUCAACUGCUAACUUCAGUUUUUAAUGUAAUGGUACUUGCAGUUGGUAUUGAUGAAUUAUGUUCAGCUCGUAACGCUGAACGUCUGAAGAGAGAACUCAGGGUUUGCUACCCUUUAUUGGAUCGCCUGUUAGAAUGUGUGGAUGUAACAAGCAGUGACCGUGCAGCUAACUGCAGUGACCUUUUGGGUUUAGUAGAGGUUACGUUGUGUCAGGAGAAUCAUUUAUUGCAGAGUUUGGUGGAUACUUGGGCUGAAUGUGUGGAUUCCCUCUACGGGUUUCUGUUAAUCCGAGGCCGUGUAGCUGUGGCCACAUCCAGUUGGUGGCAGCUUGAUCCAGAGGAGAUGAAACUGCUUGCACUUCUCGUGUCAGUUGAAGGAACCUGUACAGCAUGUGACAUACCUGUGUUCUUGCCGUGUAAGAGUCCAGCUGUUCCAUUCAGACUUGUUGCCUGUGGGUUGGUGGGAGGCAUACAGAUUUGUGCCCUCUGUGGACCAUCCCCACCUCUCACUGAAGUAGAACAUGUCUCUAUCCAAUGCUGGAAAGGUGCCAUUGACGUUUUACGAGCUGCAGAACAAUGCUUCCCUCGGAACUUCCCUCCCAGCAUUCAGCUUGAUAAUGGUGUCAUGGGACUAUUACUGGUUGAUCACCAGGCUGGAAAAUUCUUGCUUUCCCGAAACCAGCGCACGGAUGCUGGAAAAAAAGAAUCCCGGUCACUUAGUGGGGCCCAUAGGUUGGAUGUUCUUCGAACUUUCUACCAUCAAGUGGCAGCCACUUUCAUGAAUCAGUCAUCAGGCAAUUCAGAAGGUGCAGCUGCUUAUGAGCAGCCUGUAACGUCACCAGCACUCGAAACAUACUGGUGCUCAGAGUACCACAAGUGUCAUGCCUUACGCCACGGUACGACAUUGUUGUGUGUCUUGUAUGCAUCUGCUGUACCAAUUCAUACAAUGAGGCUCAUAACUCAACGAACAUUGAAAUUCCUGACAGGAGAUAAACAACUAUGUUGGUAACAAGUUCAACAAGAGUUGAAUCUCUUUACAGUAUCUGGUAGCAUUACUACUGGGGACUUGACUGUGGAAAUUCUUCCAAA